AAAAGUCCGUGCAUUUGCCUAACCCAAUUUAAUGUGGUUUUAUUUUGAAAUAAACACACCGCGCUUCCCGCCUCCUCGUGUCUGACUGUGUGUGACUUGACCCCGGAGCAGCGUGGUCCGACCUGGGGGCGGCGGGCAGAGGGAGUGUCUGCAGGGUGUAGGAGCAGUCUGACGUCUUGUUAGUGUGAAUGACUUGAAAAAAAAAAAAACUCUGACAACAGCUCAGCAGGCGAGACCAUCACGGAAAACUAAGAGCCAAUUUUCUUUUGUAAACUUCUUCCCGCUUCCUUCCUUCCUCAACCUGUAUGACUGCGUGAAGACAAAAGCAACUCAGUUAUGGAGAGCGCCAUUCAGACUUCCCAGGCUGUAGGUGCCUCAAACCCCAAGCCGACUCUGGCCCCCAAACCCCGGCUCACUCCCAAGCCCUUCUCUCUGCAGAAGAACACCACCAUUCGCUCCAUCCAUGCUCCAAAGACAGUUGCCAAAACUAUAACAGCAAACCAGACUGGAAAAUCUGAAGCCACAGGUGUCCCCAAGCCAACUCUGACCACCCAUGCUCAAAAACCUCCUCAACAAACCACCACGUCUGAUUCCAAAGCCAGUUCUGUAAGUGUGCAACCCAAGGAUAAACCAAAAACUACCACAGAAAGUAAAGCAAGUGCACAUGAAGAGGAUACUCCUGAUUCUACUGUAGCUCCAGGAAAAUCUGAGCCUGUCUCACAAACUCCUCCACCCAAAGAGACACCCAAAGACGAGCCACUCCAGAAAGACGAUGUCAUCCAGACAAACCACAAAGCAUCCAUGGAUUUUGUAACUAACUCAGAGCAGAAGGACGGAGAAAAGAAAGAAAAUGCAACUCAGGCUUUUGUCGUCCAAAAGCCUGAAGAAUCAGGGAGUGACGGUUCUUCUACAGUCAAUGCAACAUGUCGAUGGGGCGGCACCAGGAAGAAUCUGCCCGUGGAGCUCACCUCAAAGUUCGAGUCAGGUGGUCCAUCCCUGCCUCCCCAGCCCACUAGAACUGAAUCUACAGGCAGCACCAAAGAUUUAAAUAAGCCAGCGUCCUCUGAACCAGAACAGAUUCAGACUACAACAGAACCAUCAAACAGAGAGAGUGACGAAGGGGGGCCGAAGGAGGACUAUAGCGGAGGGGGAAGCAUAAAACGCAGAAUCAGUCUUCUGUUUGACUCCCCGCUGAAGCCAGAGGUCGGGACGAAGAAAGAGGAGCCAGAGAUUGUAAAUAGCACAGGAUGUGUGAAAGAGCGAAUUAAACACUGGGCGGUGGAAACAAGCUCUCCGGGUCCGAAGACUGCGAAGAAGCCUCAGGUUGCACCCCGACCUCGCUCUAGAAGCUUUGAGCCUGCAACUUCUCCCUCAACAGAGAAAACCCCCACAACGUCACUUGUGAAACCUUCUCUAACCAGAUCGUCAUCUAUACAGGCUGUGGAUCCACGCUCAGAGGUCUCCCCAGCAGAACCACCCUCAGAUUCCUCAGAGGAAACAUCCAAAGAACUUCCUACAGAAAAGAAGUCUUUGAAUAGCUGGUCAGAGACAAUGGGAGAGGACAAGCAGAACAAAUCAACAGAGGGUGAGGAUCGACCACGCAGUCGCAGCUCAUCUACAACCCAGACUGAUCAGGGAGACUCAACCUCAAGUGAAAGUGCCCAACGUGCUCUAAAGAGAGACAAUGUUAAACGUCGCUCUGUUCGCUUUGGUACCGUGGAGAGAGAUGAUGGUGGCCCUCCAGUGAGCCUGGGCUCACCGUCUGAAUCCAGCUCAGAAGAAGAAGAAGAAGAGGCUCCUGAGGAUAAAACUGAGGAGGACACUCCUGUUUCUGUGCCCGUCUACAAACGGGUAGGAAUUUUUCAGAAGAAGGAUGAGGAGAUCCACAAACAAGAAGAGGAACAACUGAAACAUUUGGAAUUUGAACAAAGGCGGAGAGCAGAGGAGAACGAACAGGCAAGACUUAAGUUAGAAGAGGAGCGUAAACGAGAAGACGAAGAAAGGGAGAAAGAAAAUGUCAGGGAGCAGGAAGAGCUUAGGCUCAGGGAAGAGCAGAAACUGAGAGAGGAGGAAAAGGAAAGAGAGAGGUUGAAGGAGGAGGAAAUGGAGAGACAAAGGUUAAGAGAAGAGGAAAGGAAAAGGCUACAAGAAGAGAUGGAAAGGGAAAGAGAGAUAGAGAAAGAGGAAAGACUCAAACAAGAUGAGAGGGAGAAAGAAAGAUUAAGAGAGGAGGCUGAGGAAAAAGAGAGGGAGAGGCAACGGAUCCUGAAAGAGGAAGAGAGGAUGAGGGAAAGACAGAGACAGGGCGAGGAGGAUAGAAAAAGAAGGGAGCAUGAGAGGAAAAUGCAGCAGGAAAAAGAGGAGGAAAUGGAAAGAAUGAGGCAAAUAGAAAAACAGAGAGAGGAGGAGGAAAGGGAAGAGGAGAGGAAGAGGCAGAUGGAGAAAGAAAGACUGGAGGAGCUGGAGAAAAAAAUAGAAGAGGAACUGGAAAGAAAGCAAGAAAAAGAACUGGAAAUGCUAAAAAUGGAUGAAGAGAGAGGAAGGGAAGAACUUGGGUUGACCAACAGGGAACAAGAGAGCACAGUGGACGAGUCAAAUUUAAUCAGCUUUGACUCUGACGAUGAGACUCAGAAGUCAGAAACACCACAUUCCCCCUAUGAGCCCACAGAGAGUCAGAUCGAAGUUGUUUACGAUGACUUCUCCGUCAGAAAGCCCCUGAUCGAGGUAGAGUUUGAUGAUUUUUCAGUCAAAUCAAAGAGAUGGGGCUCACAGGCAAAAGCAGAAACCAGUCCAGUCGUCCAGAGCUGGGCUGCCAGUCCCGUGGAUAAAGACGAGGUGGAGGAGCUGGUGUCCCUGAGACCAGAGCAGGACAGCCCAGAGCCUACACCUACCAUGGAGAGUCCAGAGAAGGAGGAGGUGGAGGAGAGGCCAGAGGAGGAACAGCUUAUCUCCACUGAGGUGGAGGGAGAAGAGGAGGAGGAGGAGGUGGACGAGAUGGAGAGGGAGGAAGAGGUGGAUGAAUCAGAAGAAGAAGACAAUCAGAAGGUACAGGUUAACAGUUACUGUAUAAGCGGAGGAGACAAAGACACUGAUGCGUUGAUUGACAGUGAGCCAGACCAGCAGAAUGGGGGCCGUGAUCAGACAUCUGACAAUGACAGUCCAAAGCCGAUCCCUGACCAAGUUCUUGAAGCCUCCUCUCAAGAUGCUGACACUACUGAUUUACACAGAGAACCAGAGUUUGCUCCAUUCCCUGAGAGCUCUGCUCCUCUCCUCGACACCAGCGCACAGAGAUCCAAGGCAGAUGUGGGUAAGAGGCGAAUUCGAACGCGCCCAUCACGCUCGCUCCGUGCAGGGUUGAGUCAGAGGGAAAGCCCAGACUGGAGGGCUCAUGACUCCACAGAUGGAAAGGAGGCAUCUCCCAAGCGGAGGGAGUCAGAUUCAGAGGAGGAAGAGCCAAAACCGAAGAUCUGUCCUCCUCCUCCCACCUCUCAAAGAGUCCCUGUGUUUCCUGGUCUGAGCCCCACAGACUUUAUUGCUCAGCUAAAAAAGAGAACAGCUGUAGGAGGGGAGGAAACAGAAGAAGACAAGGGCCGAGAAGAGAAGGGAAGUCAACACGAGGAAACAGCACCAGCACCCUCUCCUCGCUCUGCCGCUCAUCUCGCUGGGGCUGCACGGGUGCUGCCCCCCUUAGGCGGCACGGACAGUGGUGCCAACUCUGCUCCUGAAUGGCUGAAAGAACUGAAAUCUAAGAAGCGUCUGAGUCAGCAUGACAGCGAGGCUUAGCCAGACACAGGAGCUGUGUGCCGUUGCUGUUAAGCAAGAAUCAAUCCAUCUCUGCUGCUGCUGCUGCUUCACCCUGCCAUGAUUGCUCCAGUUUUGUGCUUUGAGUGCCUUAUUUUGGACUUUUUUCUGGUAUAUGCAGAAGGGGAAUUUGCUGAAUAUAGAGGCCAUCAAGAACUUUGCAUAUUGUAAAUGAAAUAAUGGUGCCAAGGCCAUGUGCCGUCUGUGACACGUUAAUGCCAAGUACGUUUUGUCAGCUGUUGUACAGAGGCUCAAUGGAGGGUGAAUACCCCAAAAUAUUUUAGAGCAAAGCCGUCUCACACACUUCCACUGUAUAUACAGGAAAUAAUGGUUUGCACCUUGUGUGUAUUUAGUUGAAAUUGUAUAAAAUCCUCUUUACAUUAUUUUACCAAUCACAGAUCGUCUCAAGUAAAACUACCUAGCACUUUAAGAAACAUCAUAACAAAUGACCGUCCAUACAGUGUAUCUAAGCAAUAGAGUAAUUAAGUACAUAACUGUAGUUAACAGGGUCAAGGGAUAUUUUCUGUUCUUUUUGAAACACCAUGAAUGCCUGUCUCUUUAAAAUAAGGUUCCACACUUGGGUUUUAUGAAGACACUGAGUUGCUGGUCAGAGCAUCAACAGUGAGCUGAGAGGAAAUCUUGGCAUGCUAUAACAGAUUCAGGAAAUGUGUUUUGUAAAAUCUUUAACCCAGAAAAAUGCCUUUAUCUGCUUCAGAGUCUUUUUUGAGUGCCUUUUUAAUGUUGACAAUUGACUAUCAUUAAUGCUGUUAAGGCUACGGUUAAUCAUGUAAGAUCAACAUACUGUAUGAUAAGAGGAAAUUGAGGGAAUUUU